GGGGAAUUGUGGGGUGCAUAUAUAAAUACAGGUGACGCCGGGGCGCGACAUCAGUCGAUUUGCGGCUCUCUGUCUGUUAACGUCUCUGUACCACAGUUUAUUUGUGUUUUGUGUGUGACUUUACUCUACACGUAUUCACGAUGUCAUCAAUAACGUGGUUGGCGUACGCAUUUGUGCUGGUGUGUGUGAGCGUACAAGUGUCGCCCGCCCCCGCACCCGCACCCGCUCCACAAGAAGAAAACUACCCUCCAAUGCCGUAUGAAUACAAAUACGACGUAGAAGACCAAGAGAAGCUGCUCUACUUCGGAGCGAACGAGUCCGGUGACGCACAGGGCAAGGUUGUUGGCGGUUACAAGGUCCUGCAUCCUGACGGACGGCUGAUGACCGUGGAGUACACGGUGCAAGGGGACAGCGGUUUCGUACCAAUCAUCAAGUUCGAACAAAACGCUAACCCCUUCGGAAAACGGAAGUAGGCUAAUGUUGUAACUUGUAGUUAAUGAAAGUCACGUACAGGGCAAUUUGUGUAAAUAUGCAUGUAUUUUUUUUAAUAGCUUUGUCUACGAGAUUAUGCAAUUUUUAAUUGUUAUCGUCCCAAUCAUAGUAUUUACUUUUAAGAGGUUUCGCCUCACAGCGGAUGGGACGUGACGGGACGGCAAUGCGACGCUGACGUGACGCUAUAAAACUGGGCCUACAGCCGUGUAGCACGUCGAUUUUCUUUCUACUAACGCUAACGCUUCGAAAAUUAAAAAAUGUAUUCACUAUCGAUAUCCCGUGAUCAAAUUGCCGAUCAAUUCCCAUAUAUUUUGUUAGUUUUCGAAGUGUUAGCGUUUGUAGAAAAGGAAUCGACAUGCCACAUGGCUAAGGCCCCUGGUAUGUUACUUUAACAUAAACGUCACGCUGAGCUCGACGGCUUUAUUCCAGGUGUUCUAUAUUAAUUAGUAUAUUGCAGCUCAAUAGCCCGUCUCGUCAUGUGGCGAAUUUUUUUAGGUUUUUAAUGUUCAUGAAAUUCAUAUAGGCUUAGUUUACAAGCACUUAUUAAACGUCAAGUUAUGCCAUGAUUUAAUGGUGGUAAUUAAAGUCAAAAACUUAAAAUUAAAGUCACGAGGGUUCAAGAGUCCAUAUUAAACUCAGCCAAAAAGAUUUAAAGAGAUUUAUGGUAUAUACUUUAUAUUUUUUUUAUGUGAGGGCAUUAUGUAGUAUUUUUAUUGUUUAUGUGUCCUUUAUUCACAUUGAUAUAACUUAAUUGGU